AUGGCAACAAUCCAUCCGUCAGCGUCGUUCGACGAGGAUCUAGCGGCUGAGGCGCUGGAAAGAGCGAUGAGGGGAUAUGGAACAGAUAAACAGAAAGUCAUAGAAAUUCUCGUCCGAUGCAACAAUGCCCAACGACAAAUGAUUCGGACACCUUACAAGGUUCGUUAUGGAAAGGAUCUCGAAAACGAGCUAAGGAGAGAGUUAUCGGGCGAUCUGGAAGACGUCAUACGUAAGUAA